UAAAAGCAUUUAAUACACUUUGUUGUGUCAUAAAUAAAUGCACAUGAAAACGAGUGUUGCAAAAACGCAAAAUGACGCGCUGCUAGCGUCGCAGCAGUUAAUAGUCUGUUUAUUAAAUAUUUAUUAAAAUUAAUUGCGUGCGUUAAGUUUAACUAGCCAAAUACGCGAUUUGAUUGCAUUUACUUAAAUAACUCUGUGCGUGUAUUAUGCGUAUUUAUUAUGUGGAAACGCUCGUUGAAAGUGCUGAUUGCAAUAGUGUUGAGUUUAAUGUUUACCGUCUCAUUGGUAAAGAUUGUUUUAUUGAUUUGGUCAUCGUAUCCAGACUGGCUGCAUCGUUACACCCACAGUCACGAGGAACAUCCACUCAGCCUAACUGCCGACGAAUGGCUCGCGUACAAGCGACUGUUCCGUGAUCAAGGUAUCUCAUCGUUGUCCAGCUCCGGUGAUCCGGAACGGUUGCCGGAAUUGCCGCCAGGGGACGAACAGCGUUUGCAACGUGCCGCAUUGCAUUUGCAACAGAAGCUCAUAUUGCGCGAAUGGCUGCGGGAGUAUCGUAUGCAACAUCAUUAUCAACGUCUGCUGGCCGUUGAGGUGGCAUCGCUGGAGGACGUGUACUGGCUGGAGGAUUCGCGUGCGAGCAAGCUACUGGGCAAGGACUGGCAGCUGUGGUCGACGGCGCGUCAGGGUCUGCCCACGUCGAAGGCACAGUUGGACGCACUGAAGGCACAGCUGUGGUCAACGGUGGUCAAGUCGAGUCAGCAUCAGGACGCCUGGACAUGGGGCGGUAUGCUGGUGGUGUCCGUUUCCGUUGCCGGCCUGGUCACACUCGCCGCCAUGACACAGCCAUCGUUGGCGCCCGAGGCGCGCCACUCGCUGCUUCAGUAUGUAACCGGAAAGUAUCUGCUGCCAGCGAAUUGUCGGGUGCAGUGGGACUGGAAGGAUCCGGCCCGUGUCGGUGGCACCAUGUGCUUCAUUGUGCGCUUCUUUCAGCGCAAUGGCCAGCCCUAUCCCAUCUGUGAUACGGACCAGUUCUUCGUGGAGGUCACCGAGGGCACCCGCAAAGUGGUCACAAUCAGUGAGCUCGGCUCAUCCACAGAUCCCAAUAAUGCCAACAUUGCCAAAGUCAAGUUUACGGUCCGCACAGCGGGCCAAUACAAGAUCUCCGUGCUGAUCGGCGCCAGUCACAUUGCCGGCUCACCGUUCGUACGCAACUUUCUGCCCGGCGCCAUCGAUCCACGCAGAUCCCGAUUCAUUCGCCCGGCCAGCACCGUCAUCUGCUGCGCCAGUGCACCCACUCUGAUGCAUAUCGAGCCCAGGGACGAGUUCGGCAAUGCCUGCCUCUUCGAACAGUCCGAUGAGGCGCUGCAGGGUUACCAGGUGGCCAUCUAUGAUCUGCAUGGCAUUUCCGUGGAGAAGCUUCAGCAUGCGAUUGCGUUCAACUACGAUCGCGUCAACUCACGUGUCUCCGUCACGGCUCUUUUCCCAGAGCCAAUAUGUCUACGUGCCGUUAUCAGCUAUCGGGAACAGCAGUUGCCCAACGGUGACUUUGACAUCAUCGUGCUGAGCAGUAGCGACACCACACUUGUGCACAAGAACAUUGCCUCGCGGAAGCACAACAUUUGCUAUGAGGCAAAGCUGCUGAGUGUUUUUGGUUCGGCGCGGAGCAAGCCGCGCAAGGUGAUGUGCUAUGUGGGACCGAAACAGGCUCAGAAUUCGUUGAUAUUUCAGGUAACCAUCAAGGAAAUGAUAUUGAAGUUCAUACCCAAGCGAAUUGCGACAUUUCGACUGUGUCCCUCGACCAAGUUCCAUUUUUUGCCACAGCUGAUGCCACAGGUGCAUGGCCCUGUAUUCAUUAUAGAUGAUGGGGCGCAACCGCGCAUCGAGCUGGCUUCUAAGGACCGGAACAUUAUUGCAGCGACGUUCACACACUUUCUGCUAAAAAACAUUGGUGGCUCCGAGACGUUUAAGGACAAACAGGAUUUCUUCUAUCAUGAGGUGCGCAAAUUCCAUGCCAGCUACUAUCACGAGAAGAUGGCCCUCAAGGUGAACCGCGAAAAGAUACUGGAGAGCAGCAUGAAGUCCACCAAGGGCUUCUCCGUUUCGGACUGGUGUGGCAACUUCGAGGUCACCUUCCAGGGGGAGCAGGGAAUCGACUGGGGUGGUCUGCGUCGCGAGUGGUUCGAGUUGGUUUGCAGCUCUCUGUUCGAUUCACGUGGAGGCCUCUUCUGUACCUUUCAUGACAAGCACCAGGCGCUGGUUCAUCCCAAUCCAACAAGGCCGGCGCAUCUCAAACUUAAGUACUUUGAAUUUGCUGGCAAAAUGGUGGGCAAAUGCCUCUUUGAGAGUGCUUUGGGCGGUAGCUAUCGGCAGUUGGUGCGAGCCCGAUUUAGUCGCUCAUUUCUGGCUCAACUAAUUGGGCUAAGAGUGCACUAUAAGUACUUUGAGCAGGACGAUCCCGAUCUGUAUCUGUCCAAAAUUAAGUACAUACUAGACACGGAUCUGGAUGCAACGGAUACGCUGGAGCUAUAUUUUGUGGAGGAUCUGUACGAUAUCAGCGGCCAGCUGAGCAAGACCAUAGAACUCAUUCCAAAUGGUGCCAAGACACGCGUCACAAAUGCCAGCAAAAAUCAAUAUCUAGAUGCUUUAGCCCAGCAGCGGCUCUGCAAUAGCGUUAAGGAUGAGGUCGACAGUUUUCUGAAGGGCCUCAAUGCAAUCAUACCCGACAAUUUAUUAAGCAUUUUCGAUGAGAACGAACUGGAGCUACUUAUGUGUGGCACUGGCGAGUAUUCCAUCAGUGACUUCAAGUCACAUCACAUUGCCAAUGGGAAUUCCUCAGAGUUUCGUCGUGUCCUCGCCUGGUUCUGGGCGGGCGUCAGUAAUUUUAGUCAGACGGAAAUGGCGCGUCUGCUGCAAUUCACCACAGGCUGUUCCCAGCUGCCACCUGGUGGCUUUCAGGAGCUCAAUCCACAAUUUCAAAUAACGGCGGCACCCACAUUUGGAAACCUGCCAACGGCCCACACAUGUUUCAAUCAACUCUGCCUGCCCGACUAUGAGAGCUAUGAGCAAUUUGAGAAAUCGCUGCUUCUGGCCAUCAGCGAGGGCAGCGAGGGCUUUGGAAUGGUCUAAGGUGUGGAAUUUGUAGAAUUCAAUUGUUAUUUUGCUUAGAGUCUGCAACUAUAUAUGUUCCUACGCUUUAUAUGUCAUAUUGCUAGGUGCGAUUUUUACUAUGUUUGCGUGAUGAUUAAAUUUAAAAGCGAA